CAUUCUACUUCCCUAAUUGUCUGAGGACAGUGUAACUUUUAGGGUCUUAGAUACGCUUACUUACCUUUUAGUGUGAGGUUGUAUAUUAAUCUAGCUAGGAGUUGGGUUGCGUCAAACAUUUCCUUUGAGUUGGAACUGGAAGCCUAGAGGAAGCUAGCUAGAGUUGCAAAGUUUCCCUUCAGCUGCUUAAGGACAUCAGGUGAUAUUUUUUGGUAUAUACCAUGAGAACCAAGUGGGAUUCCUGGAAGUAGAGCCUGUAAGUGUGUAGGGGCUCCUCUCAGACUGCAGCCCCCAGGAGGCUCCAAUGCUCACUCUGCUCCAUAUUCAGCCUGUUGCCGAAUUCCUGCUUAGGUGUUCCUGCCAGUUUGCUGUUCCACUGACAUCUGCUACAGAUGCUGAAAUACUGCGAGAUAAAGAUUUUGGGUUUCAAUUGUAAAGAGCGAGAAGUGGAUAAAUCAGUGCUGCUUUCUUUCGGACCAAAGAAGUAUGGAGCAGUGGGAUGGCUUUCAUGAUCAACAGGAGGACACUAAUAGCUACUCCGAGUCUGUGAAAUUUGAUGCUCGCUCAAUGACAGCUUUGCUUCCUCCCUAUCCUAAAAACAGCGCUUCCCUUCAAGAGAAACUGAAGUCCUUCAAAGCUGCACUGAUUGCCCUUUACCUCCUUGUGUUUGCAGUUCUCAUUCCUCUCAUUGGAAUAGUGGCCGCUCAACUCCUAAAGUGGGAAACGAAGAAUUGCUCAGUUGGUUCAACUAAUGUAAAUGACAUAACACAAAAUCUUAUGGGAAAAGGAAAUGACAGCGAAGAGGAAAUGAGAUUUCAAGAACUCGUUAUGGAACACAUGAGCAACAUGGAGAGGAGAAUCCAACAUAUUUCAGAUGUAGAAGCCAACCUCGUAGAAUCAGAGCAUUUCCAAAAUUUCAGCCUGAUAAUUGAUCAAAGAUUUAAUGACGUUCUUCUCCAGCUACGUACCUUGUUUUCCUCAGUCCAGGGACAUGAGAAUGCAAUAGAUGAAAUCUCCAAGUCCUUAAUAAGUUUGAAUACCACAUUGCUUGAUUUGCAGUUCAACAUAGAAAAGCUGAAUGGCAAAAUGCAAGAGAGUACCUUUAAGCAACAAGAGGAAAUCAGUAAAUUAGAGGGGCGUGUUUACAAUGUAUCAGCAGAAAUCAUGGCUAUGAAAGAAGAACAAGUGCAUUUGGAGCAGGAAAUAAAAGGAGAAGUGAAAGUACUGAAUAACAUCACUAAUGAUCUCAGACUGAAAGACUGGGAACAUUCUCAGACACUGAGAAAUAUCACUUUAAUUCAAGGUCCUCCUGGACCCCCAGGUGAAAAAGGAGAUCGAGGUCCCUCUGGAGAAAGUGGUCCACGAGGCUUUCCAGGUCCAAUAGGUACUCCAGGUCUUAAAGGUGAUCGGGGAGCAAUUGGUUUUCCUGGAAGUCGAGGAUUCCCUGGACAUACAGGAAGGCCAGGAAAUUCUGGACCAAAAGGCCAGAAAGGGGAAAAGGGGAGUGGAAACACACUAACUCCAUUUAAGAAAGUUCGACUGGUUGGUGGGAGCGGCCCUCACGAAGGGAGAGUGGAGAUAUUCCACAGCGGCCAAUGGGGCACAGUUUGUGACGAUCGCUGGGAGGUGCGAGUUGGACAGGUCGUCUGUAGGAGUUUAGGAUACCCGGGUGUUCAAGCCGUGUACAAGGCAGCUCAUUUUGGACAAGGUACUGGUCCAAUAUGGCUGAAUGAAGUGUUUUGUUUUGGGAGAGAAUCAUCUAUUGAAGAAUGUAAAAUUCAACAAUGGGGCACAAGAGUCUGUUCACAUUCUGAAGAUGCUGGAGUCACUUGCACUUUAUAAAACAUCAUUUUCAUUCACAUCUAUGAAAUCGCUGCUCAAAAAUGAUUUUAUUACCUUGCUUCUAUAAAAUCCAUUUAAUGAAUAUUUAAGAUAUUAAGAAUAUUGCCCAAAUAGUAUUUUUUUAUUUACAGGAUAAACAUAUUGAACACCUUCAUACUUACUAUAUGGCUAUAUUUAAACCAUUUUAGCUUCUGUAGGUAUUUUAAUGGAAUUUUCUAAUAUAAUGACUUAUAUAUUGAAUUGAACAUAUUGAUAUUUAAGGCUUCCAGAUUACAAAGGCCAAGGGUAACAGAAAUGCAUACCAAUAAUUGGCUCCAAUUUGUAGCAUCUUCACCAGGAGAUUAUAGUUUUUUGCUCUACUUGUCUUUGCAAUGUAUUUAGCUGAUUUUAAUUACUUUCUGAAUAAUGAAAGGGUUGAGAAGAUAUCUUUUGUGCCUAGAUUACAAAAUCUGCAAUCCAUACAUAUUAUUUUAAAGGAAGAAUGUUAUCCAACCAUUAAGAUCUCUCAAUGUGCAGUAACAUGUGUAUUAGACAUCAAUGUUCAUGAUAUGUCUUGGCCAGGAUGGGCCAGGGAGUUUAUUUUUCUUGUCACGAACUUACAACUGUUUAAUGGAAUCAUGGAGUAAAUUGAAAGCAGCAUAUAUGAGAACACUGACUGUCAUUAUAUUUGUCCAGAUAAUUGGUGGAUCAAAUAUGCCAUUUGUUAAUGGGAAGUUUAGUUUGUUAGGCGUUUUAAAUUAAGUUGAAUAAUUAGCUUGUUACAAUUCUAGGAUACGGUGUUUAAAAUUUAAAUCUAAUUACUCCAUUUUAACAAACAGAAUGCAAACAUCUUGAGUGUGGAAGGAAGAGAAGUUUCAACUCUUUGGAGUCUUUUAUGAAGUGAGUCAACAUUUACAACCAGAGAGAGAGAGAGAGAGAGAGAGAGGGGGAGAGGAUCUUUAGCCUUAAAGGGACAAUGCCCCAAAAAGUAGCUUAGCAACAUUUUGUUAAUAGUCAACCCAUCCCCAGGACCAUAGUCUAGAAUGUGAAAAGCUGCGCUGAAACCCAGUAAUUAAUUCUACCCUGAAAGUGACUGCUGCAGGAAGACCAGCAGUUGAUAAUAAAGCCCAGAUGAAUUCCACCUCAGCCCUGAAAAGAACAUAAUUCUCAAGUUUCCUAUGACCAAUUCACGGAAAAAUGUAAUUGUAAAAUAGUACUAUUAUGGAAUUACUCUACUUUCUUUAAUAGCAGCAAAUGAAAGCAUAAGCUUAGGCAACUUUUCAUAUCCUAAGGUCUCACCACACAUAGUAACCAAGUAGUAGAUUCAUAACCCUCCAACUGGAAAAAGCAAAAACCUUACCUUGGAAUUAGAAUUAUUGUAAACAGCCUACUGAAAAUGCACUUUUAUCAUGUAACAACCUUUUACUGGUUGAAUAUUGCUGCUUUUCUCUGGCAGUAUAAUUUUGUGGUUAAGGGAAUUAAUUCUGAAUGUAUACUUUCUGUCUCAAACCCUGGCUCUACUCGCUAGUUAUUAAUUCUUUGUGCUCAAUUCCACUAUCUAGGAAUUUUCUUCCAAAGGUAAAUCCAAUGAUUUGAAAGAA